AUGUUGUCUCGAAUGCUUAGAUCCCUCACGACUGUGCUGGCAUUCUGGCACAGCACUGUGUCGUCCCAGCAGCCAGUCAACUCGCUUGUAAGCCGUCGCUUUACGGAAUACUUGAUGCCCGCGGCGACCGAAACUCACGAGUUCGCGCGUGUUCCUAACACGAGUUUUGUCUUGUUGUCGCAGAUGUCUAACAGCCAACUUGUCAAAAUCGAACUUGACCCGGACUCGUUAGAACCGAUUGCUCUCCAGUCGUUCCCUAUGGGCAACAGUAACUCGGGCUUGCAUGGUGUAUACCCAUCGCAGCUAUACCCAGGCUUCAUGUGGUUAUCACUUCAAGCCGACAAUCAGAUCCUACUGGUGGAUCCAGGAUCAAAUCUCACAACAAAGCCAACCAUCAUACAGAAAAUUGAUGUUCCUGAGCCAGGAAUUGGCCCACACUCUGUCUUUGAAAUCGGCAACCGUGUCUGGGCUGGCUUGAAAGUCGCAUCCAACCAGACUGGGAAAUAUUACGUAUUUUCGGUAGAUGUCUCCAAGUCAUCCACAAAUUCAUCGGACCCGAAACUUUACGAAUGUCUCAAAAGCCCUGUGUUCAUCAACGAAGAACCAACCACGAAGUUCAUUUAUGCUAACCAAGAUGCCGAGUCGUCAAUCAUGCGUAUCGACGUUGACAGUGGGAAGACUGAGCAGAUACCGAUUCCGCCUGAAUUUGGUAACACCCCAGUAGGAAUGACAACAGCAUAUGGCCCAUUGGAGGGAGUAUGGUUUGUUAUAGCUGGUGACUCCAGUGGCGGCUUGGGAUCUUUUGGCCACAUUGAUUCUAGCGGUGAGCCAGAAUUCUUCCAGCUCAAGGAGCCGCUACUUGGGACAAAUGCUGGGCUCUUGCACGUAGCCGACGCAUCGAGCCUAGAAGGGGGCCCGGCUUUGUGGCUUCUUUCAACAUCGCUACUCAGUAACAAAUCGGCAGACGCUUUGAUUCGUGUCACAUUCGACCAAGGCGUCACAUCGAUACUUGGUGAAUUGUACAUUUCCGUGCCAACUCAAAAUUCCUGGGUACACCGCGUGGCGCCUAUGGGUGAUACUGUACUUGUGUCUCAGCUCCAUACCUUUACACUGGCGCAGCUCACCUACAAGAACACGAUCGCCGGGGAAUGGCUCCCGGCUGAGCAGGUUGUAGCAAGUGAUUUUACUGAUCCCAAUGAAACAGGAUAG